AUGGCUGAUCCAGAAUCUGAUAAGCACAGCACAGAAGAUGUGUUAAAGACACUACAAGAUCUUAACAAGGAUCUGGAACAAUUGUUAGAGCAAAUCGAGAAGGUAUCAGCUGAAGCUACAGGGAUGGCUUAUGAAAUGGUGACUACCCGCAGCAAUCCUGGCCUGGCUGAACAAGUGAAGAGACUCAAUGAAGCUUUUCAGAAGUGCCUGAACGAGGUGCAGAAAAACUGGAAGGAGAUGCUAGAGGAAGCCAAGCAGGCAUCAGAGUCAGAAUGCUGUAAUGACAAUAGCUCUGUUUUCCUUCAAACCUAA